AUGGAAGAAGAAAACCACACAGAACUUUCAGAAUUUCUCCUGCAGGGCCUCUCAGAGGAUCCACAACUCUUUGAACUGUUCCUGUCCAUGUACCUCGUCACAUUGGUCGGAAACCUGCUCAUCAUCCUGGCCGUAAUUUCAGACUCCCACCUCCACACCCCCAUGUACUUCUUCCUCUCCAACCUGUCCCUUGCUGACAUCUGUUUCACCUCCACCACAGUCCCAAAGAUGCUGGUGAACAUCCAGGCACAGAGCAAAGACAUCUCCUAUAUAGGGUGCCUCACUCAGAUGUUUUUUUUCACCGUGUUUGGUGGACUAGAUAAUUUUCUACUGAUGGUAAUGGCCUAUGACCGGUACGUGGCCAUCUGCCACCCCCUGCACUAUAUAGUCAUCAUGAACCCUCGCUUCUGUGUCCUGUUGGUUCUGAUGUCUUGGUUCAUCAUUUUCUGGGUAGCCCUGGCUCACAUUCUACUGAUGAUUGCGCUGAACUUCUCUCCAGGAACUGAGAUUCCACAUUUCUUCUGUGACUUUGCUCAGCUUCUCAAGGUAGCCCGCUCGGAUAUCCUCAUUAAUUAUGUCUUCUUGUACAUAGCAACUGCACUGCUGGGUGUAUUUCCCAUCACAGGGAUCCUCUUCUCUUACUCUAGGAUUGUCUCAUCCUUAAUGCAAAUGUCCUCCACUGCAGGCAAGUAUAAAGCAUUUUCCACUUGUGGGUCUCACCUCUCUGUGGUCUCCUUGUUUUAUGGAACUGGACUUGGGGUCUAUCUCAGUUCUGUUGUGACCCAUUCUCCCCAAAGUAGCUUAGUUUCCUCAGUUAUGUACACUGUGGUUACCCCCAUGCUGAAUCCAUUCAUCUACAGCCUGAGGAGCAAGGACGUGAAGGGGGCCCUGGGAAGACUCCUCAGCAGAGCAGCCUCUUGUCUGUGA